AUGGGCAGGGGGCUGCAGGGCCAGACGGGCAGUGGGCAGCGGUGGGUUGGGCCUGUCCCCACCUCACCGCAGUCCCCGGUCCCCUUUUUCCCCUCCCAGCCCGCCUGCCCCGUCCCUCUCCUUCUCCCUAGCAGUGGACCAUUCUUACUUGUAGAGACUCAGCGUGUCUGGUACGUACCCACCUCGUCCGCGUGUGGGCGCCCGCGCGACACCUGUGACUGGAGAAAUGAUCCGCACCGCACCGCCGUGGCCCACCACAAGCCCAGACCCCAUCGACCUAGGCCGAUCUACCUUACCUUUUACUGCGAAGGUAUUGCGGCGCCCAGAGAAGACGACGGCCGGUAA